UCGUUUCAUUUAUUUUCUUGCGCUCGGGGCUUUUGUUUGGUUCUCUGCGUUGUGCGGCAGAUCGCGCGGUUGCUAGCUAAAUUACAAACAUUUACACAUCAACGGCAGAAGCGGAGCUAGAAUAGGAAUCAACCUUAGCAGUGCUAAUUAUUUACAACACAACACAUAACUGCUGAUACCAAAACCAAAAGAAGAACCGAAGACGAAAACAUUUUUUUGUUUAGCCCCCACUGCACCCCCAAAUUUUUCCCAUUGUAAAUCAGCGAGCGAGUGGCGAAAAAACAGCAAGUCAGAGAGAGUGCUCAACGUCCCGGCCCCAAGGACGUGGGCCCAAAAACCCCCAGGAAUCCUACCAUCCCCAUCCAAAACAUAAAGCCCAAAUAUGGAUGACGAUCAGCAGUUUUGUUUGCGGUGGAACAACCACCAGAGCACACUGAUCAGCGUGUUCGACACGUUGCUGGAGAACGAGACUCUAGUCGAUUGCACGCUAGCCGCCGAGGGCAAAUUUCUCAAGGCCCACAAGGUGGUGCUGUCAGCAUGCAGUCCCUACUUUGCUACCUUACUACAAGAACAGUACGACAAGCAUCCCAUUUUCAUACUCAAGGAUGUCAAGUACCAAGAGCUGCGCGCCAUGAUGGACUACAUGUAUCGUGGCGAGGUCAAUAUUUCGCAGGAUCAGCUGGCCGCCCUGCUCAAGGCCGCCGAAUCGCUGCAGAUUAAAGGUCUGUCGGACAAUCGCACUGGCGGCGGAGCGGCUCCCAAGCCAGAGUCCUCGCAUCAUCGCGGCGGUAAGCUGAGCGGUGCCUACACAUUGGAGCAGACUAAGCGAGCCCGUCUGGCCACCAGCGGAGCGAUGGACACCUCCGGCGAUGUGUCUGGUUCGCGCGAGGGCUCUUCGAGUCCGUCGCGUCGACGUCGAAAAGUCAGACGUCGCAGCAUGGAGAAUGAUGCCCACGACAACUCUAACUCGUCCGUGUUGCAAGCCGCCUCGAAUCAGUCAAUCCUCCAGCAGACAGGCGCCGGUCUACCCGUCUCCGCUUUGGUCAGCACCCAGUUGUCCAGCGGACCCGCAGCCGGAACCAGCAGCCAAGCGUCAUCGACCCAGCAACAGCAGCCAUUGACCAGCACCAACGUUACCAAAAAGACUGAAAGCGCUAAACUUACAUCCUCGACAGCCGCCCCAGCGAGCGCAGCAGCUGUGUCAGCGGCCGCCGUACAACAGGCCCAUUUGCAGCAAGCGCAGACUACAAGCGAUGCCAUUAACACCGAGAAUGUACAAGCCCAGAGCCAAGGUGGCGCCCAAGGCGUCCAAGGCGAUGAUGAGGACAUGGAAGAGGGCAGUGCCAUUGGCGGAGCAAGCGCCGCAAGUGGGCCCAACCCCGCCUCCGCCUCUGCAUCCGCCGUCCAUGCCGGAGUUGUGGUAAAGCAGCUGGCCAGCGUUGUGGACAAAUCGUCAUCGAAUCACAAACAGAAGAUCAAAGACAACAGCGUGUCGUCCGUGGGCUCCGAGAUGGUUAUUGAACCAAAAGCUGAAUAUGACGACGAUGCGCACGAUGAGAACGUUGAAGAUUUGACACUGGACGAGGAGGACAUGACAAUGGAGGAGCUGGACCAGACGGCCGGCACCAGCCAGGGUGGCGAAGGAUCUAGUCAAACAUAUGCAACAUGGCAGCACGACAGAUCUCAGGAUGAGCUUGGACUAAUGGCACAGGAUGCACAGCAACGGGAUCCCCAAGCUCCAAGCAGCUAUGCCUCCAACUCGAGCCAAACUCCGCCACCCACUGGUGGGACAUCGGCCAGUUCGGCGCAAUCCCUGAUCCGCGACUACUGGUACGAGCUGAAGUUCUCCGAUCUGUUCAAAUUCAUAAAUCCGGAUGGACGUUACCAGUGCCCGAGAUUCAAUUGCCUGAAGAGCUACAAGGACGCCAGCUCGCUGCAACGACAUAUCAGAUAUGAAUGUGGUGGACAGAAAAAAUUUCGCUGUCUGAUGUGCGGCAAAGCAUUUUCACAAAGCUCCCACCUAAAGCGACACCUUGAGAGCGGUGUCUGUGUCAAAUAUUACUUAUGAGAUAAUGUUUUCUUUAAAAUCAAAUAGAAUAAGCGUUAUCCCAAUAGGCAGAAGAUCAACUGACGAUCAAAAUGAACAACUUGAACAUGAUUAUAUACACGUAUAUUACACACACACAAUACAGCAACACAACAACCAACAAAAAGAUAUAUAGAACAAUUAGAUAAAACCAAGAACAAUUACAAAUAACAAACAACAAAACGAAUUUAUUGGAUGCCACAUCAUUUAUAAAGAAAAUGGAUAAAACAAAAACAAAAACAAAAAAAAAAAAACCAACCAAUCUAUAUAUAUAGUAUAUAUGAUGAGAAUUAUUGUUGAAACUGAGCAUUAAAGAAACAAACAGAAUACUUAGUUAAAGAACAAGUGAAAAUAUUUAACAAGCUAGAACAACAAUAUAUACACAUAUAUAUAUAUAUUAAAUGCAGUCAGUGAACAUUUUAUAGAAUUUUAGUAAAAUGUAAAACCAGAAAAAAAAAACCUAAGAAAAUGAACAAAAAAAAGGAACUAAACUAAGGAAUAGAACAGAGAGGCAAAACAAACAAACGUUAAAAAACAAAGGAUAAGAAAUUAAACAAAACAAACGGAGAAAACAUACACGCAAGGAAGCUAAGAGCAAAACAAUUUUAGUCAAACUAACCAAAACUACGUAAUUUUAGUUAAAAUAUAUAAAUAAUAUAGAAACUAAACCAAGCAAAACUUAGUGAAAUUAACAAAUGAGAGAAAUGCAUCUAUAACAUCCAACAGAAAGAAAAAAACAGAAACAGAAGCAGAAAAAGAAAACAGAAAUGCAUAUAACAAAACGUACUGUGUUUAUUUGUUGCCAAAUAUAUAUCUAUUAUAUAUAUUUCUAAUAUAUAAUAUAAUUAAUACGAUUCUUGUUAUGACACACAACCACGAAAUUAACUAAACCUGAAAAGCGAGAGUGGAUGACAUCAAAAACAAUAAUAACGGAGCAAGAAAAUCAUCAAAAAAAAAAUGUAUGUUAUUGUUUAAGUUGUUAUUAUGCCAGGUACAUAGACACACCAACACACACGCUGGCAAUGCACAGUGAAACCUCUGGACUUAUAAAGAAAAGUGUGUCCAGAUGGGCUCCUUUGGGGUCUUCACUGCAUAACCCCAGAAAAAUACAACAAAUUAAGUCUCAUAGAGUCAACUUUGGUUAGGCAUCACGAAUGUUUACCAGAGACAGAUGGAUAAAAGGGAUUGCAGGAAGAUUUGUUACAUGGUUCCAAGAACAAAAAUAGUAAAAAGAGUUUAUAUACAUAUAUACAAAACAUAUACAUAUGAGGAAACAACCACAUCUACAUAAAAAUAUACACAUAUAGAACUAUAUAUAAUGCUAUAUUAGCAAAAAUGUUGUCUGUUGAACAAAGAGGAUAUUAAGGAAAAGCAAAUUGUUAAAAAGUCAGUGAAGAAGUUAAGAUAAGAUGUUGGUAAAUUACACUCACAUCGCCAAAUAUAAUUGUGUAUGAAUGAAUGGGAGCGUGUGUGGGUGUGUGUGUGUGCGUAGACUUGUGCUUGUGGGUGUGUGUGCCAAUCGGUUAAAGAAUUUUAUACCAGAAAAAAAAAGAAAUAGAACAUUUUGUGCCAUUAGAAAUUAUCCACCAAAACUGAAAAUAAAAUGCAAUGCUGCUUUAGAGAAGAAGAAGCCAUAGAAGAGAUCGAACAAUAUACUCAUAUAUAGAUAUAUAUGUAAACCAAUAUGAUUUGUUGUUGCAUUCAAAGACGAAAAAACGAUUCUGUUGACAAGUGUAAUUAUAGUACAUUUUCGUUGUUAGUUCAAAGAUUGAUUUUAGUAAAAUUUUUGACGGCAAAAGUGACAACUAAAUGCUAUGAGAGUGCCAUUAUCAAACAAAUUUUUAAUAUAUAUAUAUAAAUGAUAAAUUAUUGAAAUUAUACGAGAAUAAAAUAUAUAUAACCUAAGCAGGAGGCAACUAAAAAUAAUUUCUAGUUAGGAUCGCAGUAAGGAAAAAAGAGCGCAGGAUAUAUAUUGUUUGUUGCUUGUUGAUUGUUAAUCUUUGGGUUGCAGAUAAUAAACCUACGCGUAUAUGCAAAUUACAUGUAUAUGACAGUACAAUAAACAAAUAUUAUAUAAAUACAGAAAACCAACAGCAAUAGAAAAAACUGUAUGAACUCGAAUGAACUAGACAAAUUAUACACAGUAUAAAGGAAGAUAAAAACGAAUGAAAAUCAAUUAUAGUGAAGUACUACUAACUGCAGUUUAAGACCGGGUUGACACUAAAUUAUAACCAACCGACUGAUCUGGCUUAUGAAAAUUAUUACGUGUUAGUGAUAUAUGAUGAAAACUUGGUUAAUUAAGGCAACUAUCCUCUAGCCCAAAUCGCAGCUUUAAGUCGGCGGAAUUUUGAUUUUAGUGUCAACCAUCGGUAUUAGCACAUGUUCACCUCCACCCCCCCGCAAAUAACUAAUACCAAAGGCAAAUUUUUGAUUGAUUUAAUUCAAUUUGGUUACAAAAUUCUGCCAUAAGUGCAAUACUUCAAAAGUUUGUUGACAAUUUGUCUUGUGCGGCUAUUUGCCAAAGUCAAUUUUUGAAAUGAAUAGUCUAAUGAACCAUUUUGCAACCCCGAAAACUACCAAGCGAACAAGACAAAUUGUGGGACUCUUUGAAGAAAUAGGGAAAAUGUUGCUUUCAAAUUAGUUCAAAUUUAUUUGAGAAUUAUUCGCUUUACUUGUAUGAUUUAUGUUUUUUGUUAAACUAAUUUACUAAGACCUUGUUGCGAGUAGCUAAAUUAUUAUUAUUAUUUUUUUGCUGUUAAAGUUUAGAUAAGGGGAAAGAAACAUGGAAUGUUUCGAAAUAACUUUUUUGUUAAAUCGUUUUUCUUUAAAUUAGUUGUAACACUGUUUUAAUAUUAUUAUACAUACAAUUAUAUAUCGUUUCACAUUAAUUUAACCAGAGAACUCUUUAAGUUUUAACUUUUGUUAUAUUGUUAAUUAAUAUUUAUUGACUAAGAGCAGAAAACCGUUUGCGAAAAAAAAAAUUAGAGUUAACUAUGUAAGUUACAAAAUAAUGAACAAAAUAUACUCCAAAGAAACCAACCAAAUAUAUAUAUAUACACACAUAUAUACAAGAACAUAUACAUAUACCAAUAUAUAUAUAUAUUUUAGACGAAAACUGAACAAAGCAAAAACAGCAACCAGACAAGAAAACGUUUUAGUAAAAGUGUAUUUGGAACAAUGAAAUUGCCAUAACAGUCUAAAAGGAUUAAAGGAUAUAUAUUAUAUAUAUAAUAAUAUAUAUAUAUAUUAUCAAACCAAAAACAAUAAUUACCAGAACAAGAACAACCAAGAACAACCGGAAGGAAAGUUUAAUUGUAACGAAAGUUGUUUAUUUUUUGUAGCGUAAUAUUUAACAACAAUGAAACCAAGUAAAUUGAUAAAUGAUAUAUACAUAUAUUUAUUGUUAACGAAACCACGGAAAAGGCGAAAUUAUGAAACAAAUUUAUACAAGAUGAAAAAUAAAUAAAAAGUAAACAGAAAAAAAGCAAGAAAAACUUUCAUUGACGAAGCUGAUAUUGUUAGUACCUUAAAAA